ACACCGUCCUCUGCCAGUUAAUAUGGUGUGCUUGUUUGUAACAAUAGAGUGCUAAAAUAGUUAGCGGGAAACUAUUUACAAGCUAAUGCUGGACGCUCGAUCAAAACGAAACUACGGUAUUCGCGUAUGAAAAACAGCCAGCAUGCAGGAGAUUCGGAAGAGGAAGAUUCCUUUGACAGAAGCGCUGAUGUCGGAUCCGGACUACAUUCUGCAACAUGUCCAGCAGGGGGCGCUGAUCACCCCGCGGGAGUACAGCAACAUGCGAAGCAUUCAGCGGUCGAAUGAGGGGAGAGUCAUUGACCUGCUGGACAAGGUGAUGGACAAGGGAGAGGACACCUGCCAACGUUUCUUGACCCUCCUACAGAAGCCAGAAGUCCAGGAUACCUUCCCUCCUCUGAAAAAGCUCUGCUCCGCUGCUGCCUUAGGUACUGGCUCCACAACAAGCACCCUGAUUCUGUCUGAGAAAUUCAACAGCAAAGACAUCCCCAUCCAGGAGACGCAGAACACAGAGCUCAGUGAAUACAGGAUGACUAGUGUGCCACGCGGUCAGUGCCUGAUCUUCAAUAAUGAGCACUUCAAGAACCUGAAUGAGCGUCAAGGAUCCAGCCAAGAUGCUGAGGCCCUGCGGCAGGUGUUCGACUGGCUGGGCUUCAGUGUGAGCGUGCUGGAGGACCAGACGGCGGGGCAGAUGCGCGCCGCGCUGCGGCGGUUCAGCUGCACGGACCACGACGACUGCUUCGUGUGCUGCGUGCUGAGCCACGGGACGGAGCAGGGCGUGUACGGCCAGGACGGCGAGCUCGUCCCCAUCCAGGACAUCCUCUCCCUCUUCAACGGAGCCAGCUGCCCCUCCCUGGUCGACAAGCCCAAGGUGUUCUUCUUUCAGGCCUGCCAGGGGACGAGGGUGCAGGGGGCUGUGACCGUCCAGGCUGACUGCAUCGCCGGGGGCACGCACCCAGAGACGGACACCUUCCCGGUUCACAGCUACACCCUCCCCGUGGAUUCCGACUUCCUGGUCGGCAUGGCCACCGUUCAGGAGUGUGUCUCCAUCAGAAACCCCGUCAGUGGGAGCUGGUACAUCCAGUCCCUCUGCCACCAGCUGAGAGAGGCCUGUCCCAGGGGUGAGCACAUCCUGACCAUCCUCACCAGCGUCAACCAGGAAGUGAGCGGGCGAGAGGGGGCCCUGCGGAGCCAGAAUGGCCCCCAGCUGGUCAAGCAGACCCCUGAACCCAGAUUCACCCUGAGGAAGAGGCUGGUCUUCCCUGUACCCACAGUCUGAUCCCAAAUGGCUGCUCCUUCCACACAACCACCCAGUCUUAGAACAAACUAUUAUGCACUUCCCUGUUAUGCAAAGAAACUAUUUUCACCUUUUUGCAUUUUAUGGCAUUUUUAUAUUUUAUAUUUUAUAAAACACCCCUUCGUCUUUAUAGUUGUGUAGAAAAAAAAAUUUCAAGGACACGAUGUACUGUUUUACAAUUUAAGGGAAUGCAAAUGUAGGCAUUAAAUUCUUGUUCAUUUUAA